AUGAUGGACAACCAAUUCUGUGUAAAAGUCUAUACCCUGAAUGAUCACCAGCAACGGGUCAUUCUAGGUACAGGGCACAUCUCAUUCACUUAUGAGGAGGGGGCCCAGGGCGUGUUUCUGCGAGUUAGAUCCAAGUCCGAAGGCUCACUGAUCUUUGAGUCAAAGAUAAAUCCAGACACGUCUUAUGAGAGAAAAGAAAGGUUAAUUGUUUGCUCUGAUGCUGAGAACCAUGAUACAGCGAUAUGUUUCCAGGACGUAAGAAGUUGUCAUGAGGUAUGGAAAGGCAUUUGCCAGGUUCAAGGUGAAGUCCCAUGUGUCAAAAUGGUACAUGACAUUGCGGAUGAAUCAGAAGACAAAGAGUGUCAUGACUCGCCAAAAACUGGUGAACCGCUCUACCUGCCAAACUGUGAACUCGCUAAACUUGGGCAGAUUGCUGAGUUAGUUACUUUGAGUCUCACCUCACCUAUGGGUAAAGAAAGCCUGGCUCUGGUCUUGGAAAGGGAGGACUAUAUUAAAAAACUACUGCAGUUGUUCCACACUUGUGAGAACCUAGAGGAUACUGAAGGCUUACACCAUUUGCAUGGAAUUAUUAGAGGAAUUUUAUUCCUCAGCAAUACGUCUCUGUUUGAGAUCCUGUUUUCUGAUGAGUGUAUCAUGGAUGUGGUGGGAUGCCUUGAAUAUGACCCUGCUUUGGCUCAGCCAAAAAGGCAUAGGGAAUUCUUAACCCAAAAUGCAAAGUUCAGGGAAGUUAUACCAAUAACAGACUGUGAACUUCGACAAAAAAUACAUCAGACGUACAGGGUACAGUACAUUCACGACAUCCUUUUCCCUACACCAUCCAAGUUUCAAAACAGGACUCUUACUAGUCUUACAAGUUUUAUUUUUUCUAACAAGGUUCAGAUAGUCCACAUGUUGCAGGAACAUGAGAAGUAUUUGGCUGAAGUUUUUGCACAGAUAAGGGAUAUGAACACAGAUGAUGAGAAAUGGCGUGACCUGGUAUUUUUUGUUAAGGAAUUCUGUGCAUUCUCUCAGCUAUUACAUCCUAAAAGCAAGUGUUCACUAUUCACAACACUGACAGAAUUGGGAAUUCUUCCUGCUCUUAAAAUUGUAAUGUGCAUGGAUGAUUUGCAAAUAAGGUCAGCUGCUACUGAUAUACUUGCUGAUCUAGUGAAGUAUACUCCAUACAUGGUCCAAAGAUUUAUGAUGGAAGAAGCCCAGAAAAGUGAAGAUGGCAAAUUUUUCAUUAAUUUAAUAAUUGAACAAAUAAUCUGUGAUACUGACCUUGAACUAGGACAUGCUGUUCAUUUAACGGGACUUCUUUGUGCUCUACUUGAUACAGACAACAUGCCGGGAGUGCAAGGAAAAUGUAAAAGAAGUGAAUUUCUAAAUUUCUUCUAUAGACAUUGUAUACAUAACUUCAUAGCACCACUUUUGUCAAUUACUUCAGAAGAUAUCUGUAAAGAGGAUAACAUAGUUGGAUCUGACAAAAACAACAAAAAUUGCCUCAAUAAUUACCAAACAGCACAGCUGCUUGCCUUAAUUUUAGAUCUGCUCACAUUUUGUGUGCAACAUCACACAUAUUACAUAAAAACCUAUAUUUUGAGAAAAGACUUGCUAAGAAGAGUCUUGAUCUUGAUGAAUUCAAAGCACACUUUCCUGGUCUUGUGUGCUCUUCGCUUUAUGAGAAGGAUGAUCGGCCUUAAAGAUGAACUUUAUAAUUUUUACAUCAUCGAAGGAAAGCUUUUUAAGCCAGUUGUAAAAGCCCUUCUGGAUAAUGGAACUCGGUACAAUAUGUUGAAUUCAGCUAUUAUUGAGCUGUUUAGAUACAUAAGAGUGGAAAAUAUCAAGUCUCUUGUUGCACAUAUCGUUGAAGAGUUUUAUGAAACACUUGAGUCAAUUGAAUACGUUCAGACAUUCAAAGAAUUGAAGAUUAAAUAUGAACAAGAGAAAGACUGGCAGAAUCAACUACAGAAGAAUUUGCAUCCUGUACUGUAUAGUAAGACAUCUUGCAGUGGUGCCAGUGUCUUGAAGGAGAAGGAAGAAAUGAGUUUUAAAGAAAAUAUAGAGGAAGGAAAAGCAGGUAUGCCAUCAUCAGAAAGUGAUUUUCAAGAUCAUUAUGAUAAAUUUGUGGAGACUAAAGAAGCAAAAGAAAAUGAAGACAAGGUAGAUCUUCCCCCCAGAACAUCUUUGGGUGGCUUCGAAUUUACUUCAUUCCAUUCUGCUGGUGUUGCUAGUGGAGCAGGUAACCCAAACGUGUAUUAUUCAAUUGACGAAGAAGAAGAUAAAGAAGGUGAAACUCUCCCGAGGAAAAAACAGCUUAGGUCAUAA